AUGAGGGGACAAAGAGACUAUACUCAGAGGCUGGGACAAGUAAUUCUCUCGAGGAAAUCAACAAUGGGCCCUUUCCCAAGAACUGAAAUUUGCGAAUCCGAUGGUGGACGCAUAGCCACUCCACACGAUGACCCGCUGGUCAUGGAGAUCAAGAUCUCUAACAUGAGAGUAAAACAUAUACUUGUGGACACUGGAAGUUCAUCCGAUAUCAUGAGUAUGGAAUGUCUAAACCGCCUGACUCAUGACCCAAAAGCUACUGAAACAAUUCAUUAUCCCAUAAUUGGUUUUGGGGGAAGCAUCAUACACCCUGUGGGAGUCAUAUCAUUAUCUGUGAGAAUAGGAGGACGCAAUGAUGGAAGAAAGAUGAAUGUGAACUUCCUGGUUGUCAAGGACCUUACGGCAUACAAUGUUAUCUUGGGACGCCCUACCUUGAACAAGAUUAAAGUUGUGGUGGUCACCCAUCUAAUUCUCUUAAAAUAUGUAUGCGAGGAUGGGGCGAUAGGGACUAUUCACGGUGAUCAGCAAUAA